GCGUUACUGCGACAUGUUGAAGUUGAACCCACCAAUUCUCUCAUUCAACCUUUCAAACGUAUUUUUCCGCUGGAAAAUCAAAUAAACAAGCACGACUUCGCAACGACUUUUCCACUCUCUCUUUCUCUCUUUCUCUCUUUGCUCUUUCUAUCUCCUCAACCUCAAGCUUCUUCUUUGCAGCUAGCUAAGCAAAAACAAGUAUGCCUAACAAAGGCGGCUUUAAUCUCAAGCUCGAUGUUCCUCCUGACGAAGUUUCUCUCGCUAAAUUUCUAACUCAAAGUGGCACAUUUCGAGACGGCGAUCUUUUAGUUAAUCUCGAUGGAAUUCGAAUUGUCUCUCAAAUUGAUUCUGAUGCUCCUCCUCCCCCCAUCAAGCCAUUGGACAACCAGAUAAGUUUGGCUGAUGUAGACACAAUUAAGGUCAUUGGCAAAGGUAGUGGUGGCCUUGUGCAGCUGGUGCAGCACAAAUGGACUAACCAGUUCUUUGCUUUAAAGGUUAUUCAGAUGAAUAUUGAAGAGUCUGCUCGCAAGCAGACAGCACAAGAACUGAAAAUCAACCAGUCACUCGAAUGUCCCUAUGUUGUUGCUUGCUAUCAGUGUUUUUACCAAAACGAGGCUUUCUCCAUAAUUCUGGAGUACAUGGAUGGUGGGUCUCUUUUAGAUUUCUUGAGAAAAGUUAGAACUAUCCCGGAAGAGUAUCUUGCUGCCAUUUGUAAACAGGUGGUAAGAGGUUUGUGCUAUCUCCAUCAUGAGAAGCACAUUAUUCAUAGAGACUUGAAACCAUCCAAUUUGUUGAUAAAUCAUAGAGGGGAAGUCAAGAUUACGGACUUUGGUGUUAGUGCAAUCGUUGCAAGUACUUCUGCCCAGGCUAAUACCAAAAUUGGGACAUAUUAUUAUAUGGCUCCAGAGAGAUUCAGUGAAGAUACCUAUGGAGCUAAAAGUGACAUUUGGAGCUUUGGUUUGGUUGUGCUCGAGUGUGCAACAGGGAAAUUUCCUUAUCCUAUUCCAGAUGAAGAUGAUGGUUGGAUCAACUAUUUUUCAAUUAUGCAAACCAUUAUUGAUCAGCCACCACCUUCUGCCUCCUCUGACCGGUUUUCUGCUGAGUUCUGUUCAUUUAUAUCCUUGUGCUUACAAAAAGACCCGAAGGCUAGGCACUCUGCUCAACAGCUAAUGGAACAUCCUUUCCUCAGUAUGUAUGAUGAUUUGCAUAUUGAUUUAGCUUCAUACUUCACCAAUGCUGGAUCUCCACUCACAACCUUGUAGGCUAAGUUCUGGUACAAAUUUUCAUAAAGCUCCGAAAUUUGAGGUGACGUUCUAUCAGUGCAAGAGAAGUUAGAUGUGGAAUCAUAUUCUUCAAAACCUACAACAGUACCGGAGAAGUUGGUGGGUUGUAAAGGGUUCUGAUGUUACAAAGAUUUUUGAUACUCGAGGAGAUGUAAUUUUGUUUAUGAGAAAAAGCCUUUUAAAUUUUGAUUAGGAGUUUCUGGUUGAUGCAGUUAAAGCAUGAAUACGAUCAGCCGUCCAAUUGCAGUGCCUAUCAACUUAUGAUUUUAUUUUCUGAAGGCAAUUGGUUUCUUGUCAAUGUUUCAUGCAAAUAUGUACUACUUAGCUAAAUCCUGGGCAUAACUCAGUGCUUGAAACCAUACUAUUGAUGGGUAAAUGUUUUCAUGCUGGCCAUCAGCUUCCGAGGUCAGCAGUCUAGCUAUUGGAUUCCUGAUUAUCGUGUUCUUUAAA